AUGGACAGAUUCAAUCAUCGUGACUACUUUGGUCUAUCGAAUCCGGUUGAGUUGAAUCUCUAUUUGGAGCGCAUUAUGAUUCGUAGAAAAAAAGACGAAGUUCUAACGGAGCUGCCAGAGAUGCGUAGAGAGAAGAUCAUGGUGGAAGUGAAAAAGUCAGAGAUGAAGAAGAUCAAAGCUGUGAUGGAGAAUAUCAAGUCGGCGCGUCAAAAGAUGGAGGAGUCAUCGAAGGACAACAAUCGAAAGGGUGUCAACUCUGAGGGUGGAAAGCGAAAGUCACUCUACACCCAGUUGUUUAGAGAUACUGGUCUCGGAAAGAUGGCUGCUAUCUCAAAGUUUAUCGAGGAUAAACUGGAAGACAAUAGCAAGUUCCUGAUUUUCGCACAUCACAAAACAGUUAUGGAUGGAAUCGAACAGUUGGUCAAGAAGAAAAAGGUGGAAUAUAUAAAGAUUGACGGUACCACUCCUGCUCAUGCCAGAAGCAAUCUGGUCAAUAUAUUCCAGACUGACGAAAAGAUUAAAGUUGCCAUUCUCAGUAUUACCGCUGCCGGAACAGGAUUGACUUUGACAGCGGCGAGUGUAGCGAUUUUUGCAGAGUUGUACUGGACACCCGGUGUGUUGAUGCAAGCGGAAGCUAGAGUUCAUCGUUUCGGACAGAAUAGAUCAGUGCUCAUUCAGUAUCUCGUUGGAAUCAAUACAAUCGAUGAGAGUAUCUGGAGUAUGCUUGAAAGCAAGAAAGAUGUGUUGGGUCGUAUUCUCGAUGGUGAGAGUGACACUUUAGAGUUUGAAAAAGGUGAACAGAUCUUGCAAUCUACGCCGCAUGAGAAUGACAGCAUCUGGGAGAGUAUUAUUCAGAGUGUGGAGGACAGAGAUAGUCUCAGAAAGAAGAAGAUCGAUGCCAAAAAAGAAAGACAGGCAAGAAGAGAGCAGAGAAAGAAUGCAGGUGAAGACGAUGAAUCGAAGCUUGAUAAUGAAAGUUCAUAUUUAGAUGAUUUCUUAGGUGACGACAAUAAUGAGGAGGAGGAGGAAGAAGAAGGUGAUGAGGAGAAUCAAGAUGAAGACAAUGAUGACUACGAUCAAGAUCAAGAAGAACAAGACGAUAAAAAGAAAAAGAAGACAACCACAAAGAAGAGUAAGACAUCAUCAACAACAACAACAGCGACAACAAAAAAAGUAAAAGCUCCACAGAGAUCAACCACUAAAAAGAGAGGAGCGUCCGUUAAGAGUAGCGAUAACGAUACAAAAAAGAAAAGAAAGACCAAGAAUGAUAUAGAUUUGCUGGACGAAGAGAAUGAAGAAAGUGACAGUGAUCCAAACAAUACUAGUUUGUCAGGGUUUAAAGAUCCAUCGGAAAAGAGUAGCGACACCAACAACAAAAAACAAAGACUGAGUGCAUCAUCAGAGAUUGUAGUCGACAUGGAUGAAGACUUUGAAGAUUCAUUGUUGGUUUCCGAUUUUGACAAACUUGAACAAUUUAAAUUUAAGGCUGGUUUUUAA